GCAGGGAGCGUUUCCGCUGACUGGACGCUGGAUUAGAUGGUGGAGUUGAGGAGCAGAGGAGUACUCCGCUGCCCGGGGAGAGGACAGUCCACAGGGACAGAGGAAACGGUUUGUUUCAGCCACAGUUUGUGUUUUAACUCACACAGAUAACGAGUCAAACUGCGGCGGGAAACGUCGGAGCUGCGGCGGGUCGCUCACGGUGGAUCAGCAGCCGGGACGGACGGGAAUGGCUCGGCCGAGGAAGAAACCCGCCGCUGGGUGUUUAGCAUGAGGCUCUGCGGGGGCAGAGGGCUGGAAGACAACAACAACAACAACAACAACAACAACAACUAUAACUACAACAACUACAGGAAUACAAACUACAGCAACAAGAGGAGGACAGUGUGUGAGAGAGCUGCCGCCCGGUGACAUUUAUUUUCCAUAGAAGAAGAAGGAGAGGAAGAUGGGAGGAAGAGUGGAGCUGCUGGAGGUCUGCUGUCUGCUGCUGCUGAGCGGACACUCACUCUGCAGAGACUCUCAGCAGACUGAACACCUCUCCUCCUAUCAGCUGACGGUCCCUCGAGCCGUGGGGGGCAGGCUGAGGCGGGACCUGGACGGUCGACUGCCCAAUCAGGUGUCUUAUGUCAUCACAGUGGAGGGAAACGAUCAUAUGGUCCAUCUGGAGAGGAACGAACUGCUGCUCCCUGCAGACUUCACUGUGUUCUCCUACAGUCAGAACGGAUCACUGACCACAACCAGACCACCUGUGCAGAACCACUGUCACUAUCGGGGCUUCGUUCAGGACAUGGAGGGUUCCUCUGUCGCUAUGAGCAUCUGCAACGGCCUCAGAGGAGUGUUACAUCUCGCUGAUGACAGUUACGGUAUCGAGCCGCUAGACUCCGCCCCCGAUCAACACCUGGUGUACCGCCUGCAGGAUGUGACAUCACAGCCACGGGGGUGUGGAACGCCACACGGCGACCACACCCACAGCAACGCCACAGAGCAUGCUCAGUACGGAGCAGAGGAAAUCCACCACAGACAGCACAGCAGAGUGAAGCGAGCUGUUCUUCAUAAGACUCACUAUGUGGAGCUGCUGCUGGUGGUCGCCAACGACAGGUACAACUACAUGAACAGAAACGAGACCGCAGUGAGAGAGGAGAUGGUUCAACUGGCCAACUUCAUAGACAGCAUCUACAUGCAGCUGAACGUCCGGGUGGUCCUGGUCGGUCUGGAGAUCUGGACUCAGCAGAACCUGAUCAACACAGAGGGAGGGGCUGGAGAGGUUCUGAGUCGCUUCACCCAGUGGAGAGAGAAAGAGCUGGUUCCUCGCCGCCGCCAUGACUCCGCCCAGCUCAUCCUGAAGCGGAGUUUUGGAGUGACAGCUGGGAUGGCGUUCGUCUCCACCGUCUGCUCCAGGAGUCACGGAGGCGGAAUCAACGCGUUCACCAACAACAAUGUUCCCUCGUUCGCCUCCAUCGUGGCUCACGAGCUCGGUCACAACCUGGGGAUGAACCACGAUGACGGACGCUCCUGCACCUGCCCCGUGUCCGCCUGCAUCAUGAACUCUGGAGCCACGGGGUCCAGGAACUUCAGCAGCUGUAGUGCUGAAGACUUUGAGAAGAUGAUCUUGUUGACAGGGGGGACGUGUCUCCUGAACGUCCCCCGGCCUGACGAGGCCUACAGCGCCCCCUACUGUGGGAACAGACUGGUGGACGUGGGAGAGGAGUGUGACUGUGGAUCCCAGAGGGAGUGUGAGGAGGACCCCUGCUGUGAGUAUCAGACCUGUAAACUGAAGUCUGGAGCUCAGUGUGCUUAUGGAGAGUGCUGCUACAAGUGUCAGUACCAACCAGGAGGAACGUUGUGUCGCUCCAGUACAGAUGAGUGUGAUCUACCAGAGUACUGCAACGGCUCCUCUUCCUUCUGUCAGGGCGACGUCUUCGCCCAGAACGGGCAGCCCUGCAGGAACCAGCAGGCCUACUGUUACAAUGGGAAGUGUCAGCACUACGACGGACAGUGUCAGGCCAUAUUUGGAUCCAAGGCGAAGGCUGCUCCUGAAAUCUGCUUUAAAGACGUCAACAGUAAAGGCGAUCGCUUCGGCAACUGUGGCUACCAGAACUACGGCUACAAGAAGUGUGAGAGCAGAAACGCUCUGUGUGGGAAGCUGCAGUGCUCCAACGUUCAGGCAGUGACGGUUUUUGGCAUCGAACCGUCGAUCAUCAGCACGCCGAUCGCCGGCGCCAAAUGUUACGGAGUGGACUUCAUGCUGGGAUCAGACGUCCCCGACCCAGGCAUGGUGAACGAGGGGACCAAGUGUGGGGACAACAAGGUGUGUAUGAACUUUGAGUGCCGCAGCGCCGACGUCCUGAGCUACAACUGUGACGUGGAGAAGAAAUGUCACGGACACGGGGUGUGUAACAGCAACAGGAACUGUCACUGUGAGGAUGGCUGGGCUCCGCCUUUCUGUGAGGUCAAAGGUUACGGAGGCAGCGUGGACAGCGGACCCACGUGGAACGAUAAAGACACGUCCCUCAGAGACGGUCUGCUGAUCUUCUUCUUCCUCGUCCUCCCUCUGCUCGCUCUGGGUGCGCUUGUUUUCCUGCGCAGGAACGAGCUGCUGCGACGACUCGGGCUGAGCCGCAGGAAGAGGUCGCAGGGAUACCAAGCCGAUGGUGCAGCUACAGCCAAUCCCAGCAGGGGACCUCCUCCCAGAGCGCAGCCUCCAUCUGUUGCCCGGGGCAACGCCAACAACAUCGUCAGAGACGGGCACCACGCUCAGCUGCUGCCACCACAGGAGGUGGUGGAGACCAGCAGGACUGCUCCCUCCCACAGUCUGAGGCCUCCUCCUCCUCCUCUAAAACCAAAACCUUCUGCUGCAUCACAGCCGCUGGUGCCUCAAAGACCCGCCCCUGCACCACCUGUUUAACCAUUCAGGGCGCCCCGCCUACCACACCUGGAUGACACUCUCUCUUCUCCUCCUCUUCUUCUUCUUCAACCUCAGUCCCUGUCCCCUCAGAGCUGGUUACCUAGCAACAGCCAGGAAACAAUUCGGGAGCCAAGAUGGCAGCCUUGAAAUCAGCUAGGGGUCGGACUACGAACUGGACCAUCAGGAAACUGGAUCCAGUCAGACUGGACUGGGAAUUUACCAGAACAAACAGGAAGCAGCUACUGUCUUCUACAGCCUGUCUUUACUCUGUUUCUUUAUUUAAAGUUUAAAACUCGUCGUCGUCAGUUGAAAUGUCGUCUGUCAUCAAGCCAGCCAAUCACAUUUCCAAACGGUCACCUGUGACAUCAAUAAGCCAAAUACAGAAUAAACUUGUUAGCAGCCAAAAAUGUAUUAAUUACCAUCAACAUUUUAUUUUCCUGCUGUAAAAAAGCUGUUUGUAAUUCAGUCCUCUACCUAACGCCUAACUCUAGCUAACACACAUUUGCUAAGUAACAGAGGAGGGAUACUAUGGUUGUUCCAAAAUCACUCACUCACUCUCUCCUCCCUCCUCACUAUCUAGGGAGUUCAGUGUAGAGGACUAUAAACUAUAUAACUAUAAACUGAGCUCAUCGGUAAAAUAAAACAACACUCUCGGACACUCGAGUCUCUGCACCGUUUAGGGUUAGGUCAAUUUUGUACUCUUAAAAAAAGAAAGUGGCUAUAACUCACUCCACAAACUUUGUUACUAAUAAACCAGUGUUAGCCAAUUUGGACUGGUUAGCUAACUAACCUUUACUAGCUAAUGAGCAGGUUUACAAGAUUUUGAACAAGUACUACGCAGCUACAGUGCAUCCCACAUUUCACAUCACUGUUGUUAGCAUUAUAAAAUAUUGAGAAGUUAGCUUGUUAGCUUUGUCCCCAUUAUUGAAAUUUUGCAAUUAUGUUAUCAGGUAGUUAGUGAGCUGGCUAACUACUGGCUAGCAAUCUAACAGCACUACCAAGUUUAUGAAUAUUCCCUAUAGAGUUAGUUAGCCAUCUUGCUAACGAAUGUUUGCUAGCUAAGAGCAAGCGUAAAAAUGUCAUCAUACUACAUGAUUUGGAAAUUAACUGCCAAAAUAGUUAAUUGACACUGUACACUUGACUAUAGUGACUACUGUGUAGUGAAUACAUUAUAAAGUAUUCACUUUAUCGACCAUUAACUUUUUUGGCUGUUAAUAAAUGUAAUUUUGAUAUUAGUGUAAUUUUCGUGACAUAUCAGUUGACAGUUCACAAUGCUGCAGCUCUUAGCUACUGAUGCUACCACGUUGCUACGUUAAUCGUCGUACUUUAGCAUCAAACAUAAUCAGUUUUCAGUUAUAACUUGAAACAUUUGAACGUUUCCAACUUAUUGCUUCAAAACUGAGAACCCUGCAAAAAGGUUUUAAAGGUUAUGAUGCUAAAAACAUGUUAUCAUGCUAACUCAUGCUAAGUAGGGAUACAAAUCAAAGUGCUUCACUCUGAUUGGCUGGUUUGAAGACAGAUUAUUGUUACUGGAGGUGACUUUCUUUCUUUCUGUGAAUGAACGCACUGGUGCCGUCUGAUUGCACCUCCCCUCUGCUCAGCACUGUCAUAGGAAUGUAACACACCCCUGCUGCUGCUGCUGCUGCUGUGCAGGUGCGCUUGGUCUCCGCCACCUGGCUCGCCCCGGCGCUGUCUCUCCCUCUAAAAUUGUAAAAUUACAGUAUGCAACAGCGUCUGAGUGCAGAGCUCCUCUGGGUUUCAGUUCCUCUCUUCUGGACCUGAAUCUGGACCUGGACCUGGAUCUGGAUCUGGAUCUGGAUCUGGAUCUGUGUGGUACGUGGAUGUUUGUGACUGCUGGCUGGUGUUUCUUCAGGGAAUGUACGCUCACCUCAUUUAGUUUUAUCACAAAGCAAACCUCACCUGACACUUCACACUUCAACACCGUUAAAUCUGAUCUCUGGGCUGUUCUGGAUCUCCUGGGUCCAUCAGUCCUGAUCUCAUUCGGUCGCUCCGUCAGUGAUCUACAACAAUCCUUCUGCUCCUUCGCCGGACGUUAAAACACAUUCUGGAUUCUGUCCAGUGAACCAGACGUGUGACAGAUGUGGACUGACGUCAGCCUCGUUAACCAUUGGAUUAAAAUCUUCUGAUCUCCGUCUGUGUGGAGGAGCAGCGACGUCACAGGAAACGUAAUAAAGCAUUUUCUUUAAUUCCAUAUUUUAAUAGGAAUUAAAAACAGGAAUAUUAAAAAUUAUUCAUAAAUGAACGAUGAAUCCAUCAAUAUCUAAGAUUCAAAAACAGAUUUACUAAAACUGUAUUUAUUGAUGAUUAAUUGUUUAAUCAUUAAUAAAUUAAUAAAUUCUUUUUACAAUUCCUGUUUUUAAUGUCGAUUGAAAUAUUAAAGGGAAGGAUUUACUCCUUUUCCUGUGACAUCACUGCUCCUCCUCUGAGGUCAAAGGGAAACCACUCAAACCAGAUCCAUGAUGAUUCUGUUGGACUGGAAGCUGAGGAUCCCAAAGAGGCACAAAUUUUAAAGAAGUAUUUUAUUUCUCUGGUUAAAAGAAAGUGUCACAGUGAUUCUCAGAGUUUUGAUGUGAAGUUUGAGGCUAACCCAAGUGAAUCUAUCAGACAUCCCAGACUGAAGAUGUGUGACAGUGUUGAAGUGUCUUAAAGGUGGAAAUUAUCCGUUAAACUCUUUAGUUCACCACUGGAUCACCUGCAUUAACGUCCUGAGAGCGUCCAGACUUCCUGUCCCCGCCGCCUUUAACGCCAACGUCACUUGAAUGUGAGAAAGUGAAGGAAACGUCCUGAGAGUCUGACCUCUGUGGACUGAUUGUGGUCACUUGUGGUUUCUCUGUUGUCGUGUGAAUGCAGCGCGGCAGACUCCAUUCAAACCAGGGAUUUUUACACCACCAGGAAACCAAACGUCUGUGUUUCUGACUGACUGGCUUCCUCUGACUGUUAGCAUCGUUAGCCAGUUAGCCGCACACUGCGAUUUAAUGAACCUGGAUGCACUGUGUCGUGUGAGGAGAAGACUGCGUCGAUAUUUUUAUCUGCUUUAGUAUAUUUUUAAUUUGCCGUGUCGGGUGUUUUUGCACAGGAAUGGGUGUGAACACGAGGACUCGUCACUCACAGGGCUAAACUUUGUGCCAUUUGAUUGUUUUCAUGCCAAAAAAAAAAAAUUAAGAGCAAUCAGUGUUUCCUCCUGAAUUGUAUUCCUGAGAAAACUGUAGAGAGCAGACUGCUCACACUGAAGUUAUUUACAGACACGAGAGCAGCUGCAGCCGAAGUUCACAGAGGGUCACGUUACAGGCAGCGAACUGCUGCUGACUCCUGACUUUAAAGGUAGAAUAUUUAUCAUAAUUAUAUUCUCCAUUUUCCUUAAAAUCAACAAAUCCCAUGUGCAGAUCCAAACCAACACUGACUGUCUCCUUUUAUCAUGUGACCCUGAUACAGCGUAUUCCUCUGAGCUCCACUGUUGCACCAGAGACUACAGGAAAUGUUCCUUCAUCACCAUCAACACACACAUUUAUUCUGACUCAGUCACACACUCACUCACUAGAGAACCAAAUGUGGAUUAAUCCGCCGCUGAAAAUAGUGCCCAACAAAUGCACUCCUUCCUCCUGCUUCGAAUAAACUGAUGUUUUAUUACAAUACAAUUAAACCCACAGUAUUCAGUGUUUUUCAGAUUCAAUAAUCAGGUUCAGGUUUCAUUUUAAUCAUCCCAGGUGGGAAAUACAGUCAGGGUUAGAGAGACGGACACUGUUGGUUUGAGUCUGCACGUUGGGUUUGUUUAAACUUUACAUAUAUGUAUGUGUGUAUGUAUAUAAAACCACCGACUGAUCCUUUAAACUGUUGAUUUUGAUUGAUGAUCGUUAAUGGACCCCACAGAUCGACUGACGGUCGCUUUACUCUGAGGAGGAAUGUGUGUGAGGCCCUGAGUUCAGUCUCUCAGGAGGAGAUUCCUCCCACAGUCAGUGGUCCAUUCACUCAUGUGCUGCGUUCAAGUGUGAGGUGUUUAAUGAGUUUAAUUUUGUGCUGCUUUUUACUUUUACUUCACAUUUCAGAGCAAAUAUUCUACUUUUUGAUUUACUACAUUUAUCUGAUUAAUACAAAAAAAACCCCAGCAGUAUAUAUAGUCGUUUAUAAUCAGCUCCACUUUUACCACAAGUGAUCUCGACCCAUUAAUGCAUCAAUAAUUAUAAUCAAAUAACAUGAUAUAUCAUUCUGAAACGAUCCAUUCUGCAAAAUGAUUACUUUCACUUUGAGCACUAGACUUUUACCUGUAACUGAGUAUUUCUACACUGUGGCAUUAAGAUCUGAGUAACCUGCUCACAGUACGUUAAUGGGGUUCGGGGUUUGAACGCAGCCUGAGAGGCGAAACUCAGGGCGAACCAAGUCUCACCUUCUGGAUGACGUUGUAUUUAUACUGAACCUGUGUAAACUGACUAUGUGAGUUAAACCAAAACCGGGGAAGAGGACAAUACGACCGGUCGAUAGGUGUCGCCUGUCGACCACCUGAAACACUGAUUAUCACCAUGGCAAUGCAGAGAAUCUCGUCACCUUUUUCUAUUAUAAUAAAUGAUUUUCUAUAGGAUUUUCUUUUUUUUUUUGAUUGUUGGUGUAAAACUGUUUAUCUGUGGUAAUACAAAAACUCUCCGAUGAGUUUUUAUUUUAUGAAACGUCGCUGUGUCACGUGGAAAAGAAAAGACAGAGAAGUGAACUGAGAUUCUGAUCUCACACCUGAAAACAAGGAACGUCCUGUCAGGUUGUACAUGGACAGUUUCAGGUUACUAUAGCAACAGUCAUGGAGCAGGUCUGCGGUCAUGACUGAGAUGCCAAAAGUCGUGCUGCGUUCAGGUGCUGUUUGCUGUGAAAACCCAACCUGGGAGAAUAAACACUUCCUGCAGCUUCACAUGAUAAUGUAAUAAACUUUAUUCAAACUGAA